AUGAAGUGGGAAGUCACAGACUUAAAAUAUUCCUUUAAUUUAUAUGUCAAUGUUAUAAGGUAUUUAGUUUUACGUACGCUCUCUAACAAUCUCUAUGUAACAAUCCUAUCACUUGCGUUAGCGUUAACUAUUUCGCCCUGUGGAUAUCUAGUGGUCGUGGGUCCAAAAUCCUCGUCAUUUGAUUUGUGGUUUUCGUUUGGAUUAUCAAGAAACCAUUGCGACAUCAAAGGCCUUAUCCUCAGCUUCAACCUGUAACGUUAACGUCGCUACAAAGGCAGUGCAGGAAAAAAUGAGUAAACUUGGUAUUUACAAAGCUUUGCUAAAUCCCCCAUCUCAAAGAACACUACUAGCAACAUCCAUAUUGACUGCUACUACUGCAAUCGUCCCAUGGAUCCGGGACUACAAUUAAAAAGCGAUUUUUAUUUUCUAAUCCUAUAUUGUUCCCUUAAAGAGUGGCCGGCAGGAUUAUGUUAACAUUUUGUUGCGCACACGUUAUUAUCUAAAUAGAACGAAUAGCUAUACCGCAUAGCCAAAUAUUCCUUUACGAAAUCAUUGAACCGAACUGUUUACGCGUUAAAAUGGCUGCUGAAUGUGUAUUUUGGAACAGAUAGUCACCUAGAUGUUAUUGAAUAAGAUGUGAAUGCUGCAAUAUCCUCAAGUAACGUUUGCUAGUCUAAUUAAGAACUACGCGUCGCCUCCAAAUUGUUUUCCGUUUCAGUAUUGUGCUGUGGAUGGAUUUUUCCACCCAUAACUGCAGGAGGUAGCUUGAAGUAAAUUCUUUCACUCCUAAAAUUUGACGAACGCACAAUUUUGUGAAUUUUCGUGUCUGUAUAAGCCAGCCUUUUUUUGAUUAACUAUAUUUUCUUACAUUUUAAUUAAUUAUAUUUUAUACGGUAAGUUAAAAUAUAAAUGACACGAUGAUGAUUUGAUCAUGCAUAUCAGAAUGUUCACGGUUAAUACUCGAACGGAUCCCCGGGGUAGUUAAUUAAAACAAUCUGGGUACCAGGACUCGAGAAGCUUUCCAAAUAAAGGCCCCGGUUUUUGACUUUUUCAAACGGUAAAAUGGAUGCUAGAGGAAAUAGUUGGACUGAACUGUUCAUACUCAGACCAAGGCAAUACUCAUACUGUGGACUGCAAGGUAUCAACAGAUAUCUCCUUUUCUACGUUGUGUUGUACUUGGUGCUUUUCACUAAUGCCUCCCCAGCGAAAUCAUGUGAUAAGAAUUGCCUUUCUGGAAAAUGUAUCAAUGGGACAUGCGUCUGUGAUCGAGGAUGGGUUGGGGACCAAUGUCAACACUGUCAAGGAAGAUUCAAAUUGACAGAGCCAACAGGUUACCUUACAGAUGGUCCGAUCAACUACAAAUACAAGACCAAGUGCACCUGGCUAAUUGAGGGCUACCCAAAUGCAGUCCUUCGUCUAAGAUUUAACCACUUUGCGACGGAAUGCAGCUGGGACCACAUGUACGUCUAUGAUGGAGAUUCGAUUUACGCUCCGCUGGUUGCUGUGUUCAGUGGUCUCAUUGUUCCAGAGAUCAGGGGAAAUGAGACCGUUCCUGAAGUGGAGACCAACUCGGGUUAUGCACUACUGCACUUUUUCAGCGACGCUGCCUACAACCUAACAGGAUUUGAAAUAUUUUACUCGAUCAAUUCCUGCCCGAACAACUGCUCGGGCCACGGGAAAUGCACCACGGGGAACUCUAUUGCCAGCCGUGUCUACUGCGAAUGUGAAAAGUACUGGAAGGGUGAGGCCUGCGACAUCCCUUACUGCAGGAACAACUGCGGCAGCCCUGACCACGGCUAUUGUGACCUCACAGGAGAGAAGCUGUGUGUGUGCAAUGACAGCUGGCAAGGUCCAGAUUGUUCUCUUACUGUGCCAUCUACCGAGUCUUACUGGGUGCUGCCGAGUGUGAAGCCCUUUGGCACCUCGCUGGCCCGGGCAUCCCACAAAGCCGUUGUGCAGGAUAAGGUCAUGUGGGUAGUGGGCGGAUACACCUUUAACUACAGCUCCUUCCAGAUGGUUCUGAAUUAUAACCUGGAAAGUGGCAUCUGGAACACCAUGCCUAGCAACAGUGGUCCCCUGCCGAGAUACGGCCACUCCCUCGCCACCUACCAGGAUGACAUCUACAUGUUUGGUGGCAAGCUGGAGGCGGGCACAGGCAAUGUGACGGACGAGCUGUGGGUGUUCAAUGUGGCAGGUCGCAGUUGGUCACAGAGGACAGGGAUGCCGCCACCGCAUGGCCAGAUCUAUGCCGUGGAAGGCCACUCGGCCCAUGUGGCCACCCUGGAGAGCGGGGACCCUGUCAUGGUUGUGUUCUUUGGCUACUCGCCUGUAUACAGCUACAUCAGCAAUGUGCAGGAGUACAACCUGAAAUCAAAUACUUGGCUGGUGCCCGAGACCAAGGGAGCGGUGGCCCAGGGCGGGUACGGUCACAGCAGCACGUUUGACAGUGCCAGCAGCAGCGUGUAUGUCCACGGGGGCUACAAGGCUCUGCCUGCCAACAAGUAUGGACUAGUGGAUGACCUGUACCGCUACCAGGUCAACACACGCACCUGGACCAUCCUACAAGAGAGCGGUUUCCCUCGCUACCUCCACUCAGCUGUACUCCUUAGUGGGACUCUGCUGGUGUUUGGAGGCAACACGCACAAUGACACAUCGCUCAGCAACGGGGCCAAGUGCUUCUCUGCUGACUUCUUGGCUUAUGACAUUGCUUGUGAUGAGUGGCAGGUCCUGCCUAAGCCCAAUCUGCACCGCGACGUCAAUCGCUUUGGCCACUCUUCUGUUGUUAGCAACGGGUCCAUGUACGUUUUUGGUGGCUUUUCUGGUGUGUUGCUGAACGAUGUGCUGGUCUUCCGACCUCCAAGCUGCCAGGCAUUUCUUAGAGAAGAAGGCUGCUUGAGUGCAGGGCCUGGAGUGCGCUGUGUCUGGAUCAGGGGGCACUGCAAACCCUGGGCGCCUGGCAAAGCCAAUUUCACCACCGCCCCCAUUAUUCUUGCAGAAUUCUGCCAUGCCAAGCCUGUCACUGUAGAUGAACGAUGCUACCGCUUCUCGGACUGCGCCAGCUGCACAUCCAAUACCCAUGGAUGCCAGUGGUGUGACGAUAAAAAGUGUCUAUCGGCUGCCAGCAACUGCACUUUGAAUGUGAAGAACUUUACCCAGUGUCCAGUGAGAAAUGAGCAAGUGUGCAGCAAGCUAGCCAACUGCAAGAGCUGCUCCCUCAACCUCAACUGCCAGUGGGACCACCAUCAGCAGGAGUGUCACGCGCUGCCAGCUCACCUUUGUGGGGAUGGCUGGAGCCAUGUUGGGGAGGCCUGUCUACGGAUCAACGCGAGCCGUGAAAGUUACGACAAUGCUCAGCACUACUGCAAAAACCUAGAAGGCAACAUCGCCUCGCUCACCACCACUAAGCAGGUGGACUUUGUUCUGGAGGAGCUGCAGAAGCUACAGAGCCAGGAGAAGAGACUUUCACCCUGGGUGGGCCUGCGCAAGAUCAAUGUUUCAUACUGGGGCUGGGAGGACAUGUCCCCGUUCACAAACUCCUCCCUCCAGUGGCUGCCCGGCGAACCUAACGACUCUGGCUUUUGCGCUUACCUGGAGGAAACCCAGGUGUCGGGGCUGAAAGCCAACCCCUGCACUGCCACCGCCGAUGGACUAAUCUGCGAAAAACCAGCAGUGAGCCCCAACCAGAGCGCUCGGCCAUGCAAAACACCAUGCUCCCUCCGUGCCAGCUGUGCCAACUGUACCAGCCAGUCCAUGGAAUGCAUGUGGUGUGGCAGCGCACAGCGCUGUGUGGACUCCACCGCCUAUGUCAUCUCCUUCCCUUACGGCCAAUGUCUGGAAUGGCAGACUGGCGAUUGCCUGGCUCAGAAUUGCUCGGGUCUGCGCACGUGCAGCCAGUGUCUGGAGCAGCCAGAGUGUGGCUGGUGUGGGGACCCCAGUAGCACAGGCAGGGGUCAGUGUAUGGAAGGCUCCUACCGAGGACCCAUGAAGAGCCCGCCCAAACAGGGUCAGAACCAGGGCCAGAUCCAGGAAAUGACCCUGGAGCUGGGCCUGUGCCCUAAGGAUAAAGGCUACGAGUGGGCCUUCAUCCACUGCCCUGCCUGUCAGUGCAACGGUCAUAGCACCUGUGUGAACGGAAGUGUGUGUGAGCAGUGCCGGAACCUUACCACUGGGCCUCACUGUCAGACUUGCAUGCCUGGUUACCAUGGAGACCCCACCAAUGGUGGCAAAUGCCAAGCCUGUAAGUGUAACGGUCAUGCUAACGUGUGCCAGGUGCUGACGGGCAAGUGUUUCUGCACCACCAAGGGGAUCAAAGGAGACCAGUGCCAGCUCUGUGACUCAGAGAACCGUUACCUUGGCAACCCUUUGAGAGGAACCUGUUAUUAUAACUUGCUGAUAGACUACCAAUUCACCUUCAGUCUUCUGCAGGAGGACGACCAUCACUACACGGCAAUUAACUUCAUGGCCACCCCUGAACAGACCAACAAGAACUUGGACAUGUCUAUCAAUGCAUCCAACAACUUCAAUCUCAAUAUUACCUGGUCCGUGGGCUCAACAGCUGGCACCAUCUCUGGUGAGGAGAUCCCCAUUGUGUCCCACAGCAACAUCAAGGAGUUCCGGGAAAGCUUCUCAUGUGAGAAGUUCACCUUCCGGACCAAUCCCAACAUCACAUUCUACGUCUAUGUCAGCAACUUCUCAUGGCCCAUCAAGAUACAGAUUGCCUUCUCCCAGCACAAUAGCAUAAUGGACCUUGUCCAGUUCUUUGUGACGUUUUUCAGCUGCUUCUUGUCUCUCUUGCUGGUGGCUGCAGUGGUGUGGAAGAUCAAGCAGACUUGUUGGGCCUCGAGACGCCGAGAACAGUUAAUGAGAGAGCGUCAGCAGAUGGCCAGCCGCCCAUUUGCCUCGGUUGCUGUGGCGCUGGAUGCUGGUGGAAAGCAGACAGAGAUUCUACCGGGCAACGUUGAGGGUCCUCCUAAGCCCAUUGCCAUGGAGCCAUGUUCAGGGGGCAAAGCCGCUGUCCUGACCGUUCUCCUGUGCCUACCAUCAGGCCCCUCUGGAUUGCCUCCCCCGGGCCAGUCAGGAAUUGCCAUUGCCAGUGCUCUGAUUGACACCUCCCAGCAGAAGCCCAUGGACUACAAAGAGAAGAUCCAUGGAUUAAAGAACCGCAAGGCCCUUCCCCCGGCCCACCAAGGCACCUGCGUCUGAGUUCAUGUCCCGCUUAGUCAGGUCUGCUGGUUUGUAAUCAAACCAAACAGUGAGACUUAGUCUCCAGGGAGUGGGCAGCAUAGCUAUGAGGCUUCAUCAAACUGCCAAGUGCCCCUUUCCAUUCUCUGCCUCCAACCCCAAGGACUUUCAACGCUUGCACCCUUUUACUGGAAUUGCCCCCUUUUAUCAAAAGCAACGGCCUUCUGUCUCAGACAUUCUCUCCACCUUCUCACCUCCAUAUCCUCUGGAAGGACCACCAGCUCCCCUUCUCUUCCUGCUCCUCUACUGGUUCUACUGCCACCUGGCUAGGCCAUGGGCUAAGGCAGUUAAAUCCAGAUAGGUGCCAAUAAUCUUAGCCUCCAUGCUAUGGAGCAUGUCUGGAACUUACUGUCUAAAGGACUUAUUAACCACAGAUGCUGGAUCUUAGGGACCACCUUACAUUUGGAGGUAAAAAGCAAAGGGAUUAAUGCAUGAGAAAAUGUCCUAUAUGUGGCUGUAUGCUGCACAACCAUUUGGAUGCGUGUUGGUAAAGAAGAGUUGAAGGUGGAAAGACUUGGUAGUAGAUGUAUUUAUAGAUUUUUUUGUUUGACAAACCAUCUUGUCCACACAUUCAAUUGCAGCAGUUUGUUUGCUUACAAUAGAUGAGUUUGUUGUACUAAAGUCUGUAGUCAUGUAGUUAAGCAUACAGUUGAACAUACCAUUUGUUAUAUUUACCCUGAUGCUUUGGUGGCAGAACACGUUUUACCAUAUGGACAUUGGCCAGCUUUUGGUCAAAAAUAGGAAGCUAUGACCGGGAAACUGAGUCUUUCUUCUGUUGUCCUGCCACCUUGCUGAUGGGGCCAAACUCCUUUGUCUUGACCCCAAUUACAUUUUUUACAUUUGUGUAAUCCACGCAGCAGAACAAGCCUAAAAUGGCAUCCGCAGGUAAUGCACAGACAUGUGAAGGCACAGUGUAGGCAUACAAUCCAUUCUUGGUGGUUUAAAAUGGGAGGUAUUGCCAGUCUUCUAAAUGUAUAGUGUGAAUGCAUUUUCACUGGAAAAGGAAGGUGAAUGACGCACACAUUUUAGUAGCUAAACCAGAGGUUUGAAACAAUUUUUUUGCACUCCGAUGAUUACAGUAGUAACACCGAUGGACUCAACGCCUCCUGUGGUGCAUUUGUUAUUGUUGAUCUUUUUUAAUGGCCUGGUACAGAUUUGUUCAGGGAGUUUCUUAGGACAUUGGCCCAGCCUCUUCAACAAUGGACCUUUCAACUCAUGGUUUCUUUCUUUGCAGAAUGUGAUGGAGGAGUGUCUAUUGGGGGGAACAUAACAAUGGCAUAUCUAACCCCAUUAAUUAUAUUCACCUUUGGUCUGUUCCACCUGUACUGCUUACAGAGAGACCCAAACUAUAAUCAAAAGGUCCCUUUCAUGUUUGGAGAUUCAUUCUUCAUGACAAAUGUUUUUUUUUUUUUCUUUUGGUGUAUUUUAUUUAAAUGCAAUUGGAGAGCGAUUCACAGUUUGGCUUAGCAUGAAUUCAUGAGAUCUAGGUCUUGACCAGAGGAACUGAUGCACAAACCAAUGGGCCAAUCAAAAUUCAGCAACGGGCAAUAUACGGCUCUUCAUCACUUGACAGAUGUGAAACAUUUACUUAUGUCACAUGGACUUGAACAUAGGAAAUCCUUGUGAAUGUUUUUGUCACUUUUAUUUGGUUCUUUACAUUUUUGUUUAUUUCCCUGUUUUUAUGAAAAUUGGAAAGAGAACUUAAUGUAUUUUAGGCCCUUGUCUUCUGGUAUUAUUAUAUCUACAAUAAACCACAGGUCCUUUAUCUGUUUGUGAAAAGACAUAUUAUGAAUAGUUUGUUUUGGAUUCCUGUGUAAUACCAAACCUUUAACAAUCAGUAUUCUUAACCAAAAUAGAAAUGCAAUGUCACUAUUUCGGUCCAUAGUCUUAAUAGGGAUUGUAAUAAUUAUAGUUCUAACUAUAUUCUUAUGAUGUUGUUGUAAAACAUUUCAUUUUAAACCAAUAAUACAAUAUGCCAGUUUAAUAUGUUGUAAUGAAAUGUGUUGUUAUUACACAGUAAGAAUCGUCAUUGUGCUUAGUGUUAUUACACAGGAAUCAGGGUUAUUCACUAUGGAAAAGAUUAUUAAAAUCUACUAUUGCAUAUCAUUUUAAAUCUAUUUGAAAGAUGGACAACAUGCCAGAAACAUUAAAACUCUGGAAUAUUCUUAGGCCACUAGGUUGCAGACACUCAUUCCUAUCACUGAACAUAUGUUGUAUAUUAUUCUGUAUUUUUGUUGCUCUUAUUGUGAAUGGAACAUUACAGGACCUCCCUUCCACCCUUGCAGUGGUCAUAUUUUAUUUACAAAUAGUAAUAUGUUUUAAUCAGUGAUUCUGUAGGGUAUUGUUUAAAUAAAUCAGUUCUUAAUGUAAAAGGCGUCAUGCUUGCUUAGCGAGUACAGCUUCCCCCUGAUUCAGCUCAUACCUACAGUCAAAAAUAUGUGCUCUCCGUUUAGAAGCGCUCCUAACAAUCAUGUCACUGGAAUAAAAAACCAAACCUGUCAAUGUCGCGAGGUGUGACACUUCAGCCCAAGGAGCAAAAUGUGUCUGUAUCCCUUUCUGCUACACAUGGUCUUAUCCGAAUAAUCCGACCCAAUAUAAAAACUCAGUUAAUAUUCAAAGGCUUAUGGGAAAACAUGUCUUUUCAUACUUGGCUCUUUGAAGACAUACAGCGAUUGGUAGAGCUGGGGUACUAAGUCAGCAAACAUUAUUGAUGUUCAAAAAGUGAACACCAUAAGCAUACAUUUAAAAAAAAGGAUUUACAAGUAACAGAAAUUAACCCAUUUUUUUUUAUUAUUGUUAGAUAGGGACCCGUAAAUAAGCAGCUGAUCCAGUAAUUUGAUAGUUAUAGAGCAUAUUUCAAUAUUGUCUGCCUCAGCUGAGUUUUCAAAUGCACCACCACUACUGACCACCACCCUUAAUGGAAAUUAAUGGUUGACACCACCUGUUGGUGCAUUGAUGAAAAGCUUGUAAACGUAGGUCACGGACCGCUCAAAUGAAGAUUUUUGUGGUAACCUGCAAGACCUACGUCCGUUAAUGCUAAGUAUAUUUCACAUUAGACCGAACUCAGCCAAACUAAGCUGUACUGAUUUCACAUCCACCAAAGUUGUCAACUGUGUGUGAAAGCAGUAUUUGUAAGAUCAUCAAAGGAGUAUUUGUAAGGUCCCCCUUUCCUCUGUCAACAUUUUUUUUAAGUAUUUUUUUUUUAUAAACAUUGGUGUGAAAAAUGUAUUAAAAGAAACAUAUACACACAAAUCAAUUGUAUGUUUAAUGUAUCAAUUUGUCUGUUUUGGUGGAGACCGACACAGGAGGGGGUCUUCCGGUUUCCUAUAUUCUCUGUUCCAUUCUCAGCAUGCUCAAUUUAUCAAUAUCUAUCAGUUCCUAUGUCUAGCCAGAUUUGUCGGCCAGUGCUGGCAUGAGACUGAGAAAGCUGUCAUAUUUCUGAAUGAUGCAUAUAAACAUACUCCAGCACAGAGCUAU